AUAUCCACCAGCUAGUGCUGGCUUACACAAUCACGCAAGAGGUUUAACUUGAGGUAUCUUGGCAGCAUACAUUCUGCUCCUUUCCCCUUAUACCAUCUGAAAGUCGCCCAGAAGCAUCUGCACUACACUCUAUUAACUGCCUUCAUACCGGACACACCAACCAGUCCAUAGCUUAUUUCUACAACAACUAGACACCUACAAGCCCCAAUAUCCCAACCAUGGAGACCCCCGACGCCCCAUCCACUCCCUUGAUCACAGGCCUCGCACACAUAAACCUCACCAUCCCCCUUUCCACCCUCCCCCACGCGCACUCCUUCUACGGCCUAACCCUGGGCCUAACCCCCCUCAAGGUUCCCGUCGUCCAAACCCACGAGCUAGCCUGGUUCGCCAUCGGGUCUUCGGGGCAGCAGGUCCACAUAUCGACGCAGAAGCACGAGGGGGACCUCAUCUCCCAUAAUUCAAGCCGGCAUCCUUGCUUCAAGAUCGGGUCGGCGGAGGCGCUUCUCGAGCUCCAGAGCAGGAUUUACGAGCACUUUCAACGGGGCGAGGAGGGGGCUCCGGUUGCGGCGGACAGGCCGGGGGAGAGCUCGGGGGAGAAGGGGAAGGAGUAUCCGGGGAGGUUCUUUGCGAGGGAUUUUGCGGGGAACCGGUUGGAGUUUUCUUUGUGAGGGGUGGGGGUUGAUUGUUGGUAUCGAGAUAUGGAAGGAGCGAGAGGGGAAUGAAGGAAGGGGAUGGGGUGGUGAUGGGAAUAAGGGUUGUGGAAGGGGACAUGUUAGUAGAAGGAUACUUGGGGUUUGGCUUCCAUCCUGUCAUGGUUCCUCUAUUCGUGGGCCUGCAGGUGCGGGAAUAGAAUGUCGCAUCAUGUGGACUCAAAGUUGACUGAAGUACACUGCAGUAGCGACAAUCAAGAAAACGGGAGACGCAAACGGGAGCAAGUUAACGCCAUCUAUAUAAUGUGGAGGUUGAGAAUAUGCUACAUUGGAUACGAAUCGAGGAGGACCUCAAGUAUUACUAACACUUGCAAGCGCCAUGAAACACCCGUUUAAGGCACGUGAGAAUCACAGAUUAAUGUCAUGAAGUACUUUUUACC